CUCCCUCAACUUGUCGGUCCACGGCUUUACAUACUCUAUCAAUGCGCCGUGAAACUCACCGCACAAACAGCAUAGACCAAAAGGAACAACUCAAGCUGAAACUGCCCAUUCCAACAUCUCAAACAAAUGCAAUAUUAAUUUGCUUCUUCCUCUUCGUCUGCUAAUAAUCAACAUAAACCCCUUAUUGUGGGGGAUGCCAUCAUUAAUUAAACCAAGUGGGCUGCAUAAUCCCUGUCGGCAAAGCUUCCCGUUGCCGUUCGUUCCCCCAGAUUAAGGGACGCAAAAUAACAUGACGGGGAUAACGGUGAUCACGCAACGGUUGAAGCAGAAUGAACCAGGAAGUUGAUCAUGCUGGAUGUCAAUCGUGAGCGAUUAGCGGGCUAUAGACGUUGCCAAGCUUUUGGUGGCAGAGAGAAUGGGCGAUUUGGACACAUGGUUGGCAUGGAUGAGGCUGGGGAGGAAAUUACAUGGCGUUCAAGAUCAACUGCGGCGUUUGACGGUCCUAAAUCCGGGGAUAUGAAUGUUCCGUGGAUGCUGGGUCUUUUGCACUCUUGAGGUCCCGAGAGUCCGACAGUCCGUUCCCAAUAAUAGCAUCGAUGGAUUUUGAAUGAGAAUGGAUGCUUCUCAUAGGCUACUACGAAUUCCGAGGACAGUCGAAUUUACUUGAUGAGCCGGCCAGCCGAGUACACGGCCCGAGAAGUUGAUCGUCAUUGCUUACGAGAGAACUAAUGUACAAUUGAAGUUCAGAGCAUUGUCUCACAAGGCGCAACAAUACACAAAACAACCUAAACUCAUAAACACCAAAGAUCGCACAUCGUAGCCUCAUACAGAUCUCAAGUCGGACUCGACUCGACUUGGACCUUGUAGUACUAACAUCCUGCAGCUGGAACAACUUUACACCGAUCCUCUCACAAUGACAUAAUUUCACUCGCCAAGCUCUCGUCAGACCAUGAAGCCAUCUCCGCAUCAACAACCUGAGGAAAUACCUAAUUAACCAUUAUCAUGUCCUACUCUCUAACCCAACAGCUUCUCGUCUCAGACGAGCAGGCUUACAAGCGAGCUACCCAGUCAGAGUUUCUCAAGCUCGCAGGUCACGGCAAAGCAUCAAAAGAGCUUCUUGGCCGCUGGCUUGCAAACGACCGUCUUUAUAUCCACAGCUACUGCCGUGGCCUUGGUCGUCUUCUCAGCUUCCUGGAGUACCCUGAUACCGUGCAGCCCAAUGUUGAUCCUGGAGCUACAACAAAGCUUCUAGACUGGAUCGUCGCAGCUCUCGUCAACAUCCGCCGAGAAGAAAAGUUCUUCAUCAACACAGCAGCAGAAUACGGGAUCAACGUUAAUCUUGAGACUGGAGAAGAUGGCCGUAUUGACUCAAGCACCAAACUAGAAGGUCUCCGACGUUGGGAGGCUCUGUACGCUUCUGUAUCUCCCAAUGAGAAAGAAGAACUUCCUUGGCUUGAAGCUGCGGUGAUUUACUGGGGAACGGAAAAGUGUUACCUCGAUGCUUGGUCCUGGGCUAAGGCGCAGCUCUCUGAUGAUGAUGGGAGAAAUGAUGCUGAUGGUGGGGCUGUGAGGAAGGAGUUUAUCAACAACUGGACGUGUAAGGAGUUUGUUGAGUUUGUGGAUGAGCUUGGAAGGAUUAUUGAUGAUGCUGUUAGCAAGCUUGUUGAGGAGAAGGGUGAGGAUGUUAAGGAGAAACUGUUCAAGAGGGUUGAGGGGAAGUGGCAUGACGUUCUGGAGGCCGAGGAGGCAUUUUGGCCAGUCGUCUAACAUGAGUGACUCGAAAGGCGCUGCGUUCUUGAUGUAGGCAUCAGAAUGCGAAGGCCUCGCUUUUCUUCAACGAGCGAACUGUAAGGAAAGGGUAUCCGUGUCAAAUUGAAAGGUCUAGAACGAAAGAUUUUCCCACCCAACGCCGUACAAUGCCAAACCAGCCCACAAGCCUAAAACUGUAUCCGUCGCUUUCGUCCAGUGUACUUGGACGUCGCCUUGACAAUCUUUCCCUUCCGUUCCAUCUGCUCCUUCUUCUUGAUGAUCCACGCCUUACUACCCUUCGACAUAUUCGGAGCAUGCGCUUUAAUCUGCCUUCUCGCAUCCUCAACAUCCACACCCUCCAUACCCUCAACAACACCAGUAAUAUCACCACCCUUCUUCUGAACAUCACCGCCUCCAACAGUCAAGACGAGGUACAGCUUCUGGUUCUUGG